AUGUCCGGAUCUGGCCAGAAGCAAAAGGUGCCUCUUAGCACCCACCUGAUCGCAGGUGGUACUGCCGGUCUCGCCGAGGCCCUCUGUUGCCACCCCCUUGACACCAUCAAGGUCCGCAUGCAGCUCUCGAGGUCGAACAGGAAGGGCAUGAAGCCCCUUGGUUUCUUCGCUACCGGCAAGCAGAUUGUCGCUCGCGAGACCUUCCUCGGCCUGUACAAGGGUCUCGGUGCCGUGGCUACCGGUAUCGUGCCCAAGAUGGCCAUCCGUUUUGCCUCAUUUGAGACCUACAAGUCGUGGCUCGCCGACAAGGACGGAAAGCUCUCGCCCGGAAACAUCUUCCUUGCUGGUCUUGGUGCCGGUGCCACUGAGGCCGUCGCUGUUGUGAACCCCAUGGAGGUUGUCAAGAUCCGUCUGCAAGCCCAGCAGCACUCGCUCGCCGACCCCGACGCCGUCCCCCGUUACCGCAACGCCGCCCACGCUCUCUACACCAUCGUCCGCGAGGAGGGUUUCUCGACCCUUUACCGUGGUGUCGCUCUUACCGCUCUCCGUCAGGCUACCAACCAGGGUGUCAACUUUACCGCCUACCAGUACUUUAAGAAGUGGGCCACCGAGUUCCAGCCCCAGUACGCCGACUCUGGUCUUCCUUCGUACCAGACCAUGGUCCUCGGUCUCGUCUCGGGUGCCAUGGGUCCCUUCUCGAACGCCCCCAUCGACACCAUCAAGACCCGUAUCCAGAAGGCCACCAAGGUUCCCGGCGAGACUGCUCUGUCGCGCUUCACCAAGGUCGCCGGCGACAUGUUUAAGAACGAGGGUGUCUCGGCCUUCUACAAGGGUAUCACGCCCCGUGUCCUCCGUGUCGCCCCCGGCCAGGCCAUCGUCUUCGCCGUGUACGAGCGCGUCAAGGGCUGGAUCGACGCCGCCAAGGCUGCUCCCCUCGAGAAGGACGACUACGAGGCUUAA